GGGAGGGUUCGCGUGUUUUCACUACGUUGGCUUUUCUCCCAGAAAGAUUUCGGUGUGGGAAUUUCAAUUUUACAUUUCUGAGGCUGUCGGAAGCUCUUUGGCUGGAGACCGCAUCCUGAGAGUUGUGCUGAGUGCGUCUAGACUGAAUCAGUGUGAUCGGGCAUAAUGGCGACAGAGGUGGGACCAGAGACAGAUGUGAAGAAGGAACCAGAGAAGGCUCAGCAGCAGACGGACGCUACACAAACAGACCAGCCUGACAAACCCACUGACAGUGACACCCAACCCGCCCCAGCCACCGCAGACACACUGGAGGAGGGGAGCGCAGAGCCCAAGGCUGAACAGGAAGAGGCAGUGUCUCCUGAAGCCAGCAGCCCUCCUCCUGCCAGUGGGCAGAAAAAAGAGAAGGGCAUCUCACGCUUUCUGCCUCCAUGGCUUAAACGACAGAAAUCACAGAGCCAAGACAAACCAAGUGAGAGCAGCACACCAAAGCAGGAGAGCUUGGAGACUGGGGAGGAGAAGAAAGAGGUAAAAGAGGAGGCGGGUGGAGGACACACAUUAUCUUCAAGUGCAGAACUGUCGGAGGAGGUGAAGGAGGUGAAGGAGCAGAGCAGGCCAGAGGAGGUGCAGGUGGAGGAGAACGAUAAGGAGGAGGAGAAGUCCAUUGGCAGUGCUGAUACACAGCCUGUGAGGGAGGAGAAAGAGGGGGAAUCAGAGGAGAAGGAAACAGAGAAAAAGACUGUGAAAGAGGAGGAGCCAGUGACCCAGCAGGAGACGAGCGUCCUGUCUCCACUCAAACUCAGCAAGAAGAUGAAGAUGGUGGUGUGUCACGUGACCUUACUGGACGGCAGCCUGUUCUCCUGUGAGGUGGAGAAACGGGCAAAAGGCCAGUACCUGUUCUUUGAAGUGUGUGAGCACCUGAAUCUCUUGGAGAAAGAUUACUUUGCUUUGAGCUUUAAAGACAACGCCGACCAGAGGUGCUGGCUGGACCCUACCAAGGAAAUCAAACGGCAGAUUCGCAACUCUCAGUGGCAGUUUGCAUUCAGUGUGAAGUUUUACCCUCCUGAUCCAUCCCAACUGACUGAGGACAUAACACGGUUUCUGUUGUGCCUUCAGUUGAGGCAGGAUAUUGCAUCAGGAAGGUUACCCUGUUCGUUUGUCACACAUGCACUGCUCGGAUCAUACGCCCUGCAGGCUGAGCUUGGUGACUAUGACCCGGAAGAACAUCGUCUGGACUACAUAUCAGACUUCCAGUUCGCUCCAAACCAGACCAAGGAGCUGGAGGAGAAGGUGGUGGAGCUGCACAAGUCCCACAGGGGUAUGACUCCGGCCCAAGCAGAUGCCCAGUUUUUGGAAAAUGCAAAAAAGCUCUCUAUGUACGGUGUGGAUUUGCAUCACGCUAAGGACUGUGAGGGAGUUGAUAUCAUGUUGGGGGUGUGUUCAAACGGUUUGUUAAUCUAUAAGGAUCGUCUGCGGAUAAACCGUUUCGCCUGGCCCAAAAUCCUCAAGAUCUCCUACAAACGCAGCAACUUCUACAUCAAGAUCAGGCCAGGAGAGGCUGAGCAGUUUGAGAGUACAGUUGGCUUCAAGUUGCCCAACCAUCGUGCGGCCAAAAGAGUUUGGAAAGUGUGUGUGGAACACCACACCUUCUUUAGGUUGAUGACUCCUGAGCAGCCCACCAAGACUAAGUUCCUGACUCUGGGUUCCAAGUUCCGUUACAGUGGUAGAACGCAGGCUCAGACGCGACAGGCCAGUACCCUUAUCGACCGCCCCACGCCGUACUUCCAACGCACCUCCAGUAAACGCAUCUCGUGCAGUCUUGAUGGAGCUCCUGUGUUGAAUGUGAGCGAUCACAGUCAAGCUCUGGAUUCCGCUCUGACUGCAGGUGCUGGAGAGAACGGCCCGGCCCUGGAACGCAACUCCGAUACCAAGUGUCCACAGGUGGAGGACGUGGAGAAGCCAAGUGCGGACACGGCCACAUCCGCCACCUCUGAAUUGGCCCUUGAGACUGAGAAAGACGGUGCUGGCUCUUCUGAGACAAAGAGCAAGUUGAGAGUGCAGGGGGAAAAUAUAUAUGUCAGACAUAGCAAUUUAAUGUUGGAGGACUUGGAUAAGACACAGGAGGAUGUGUUGAAACAUCAGGCUAGCAUUAGCGAGCUAAAACGCAGUUUUAUGGAGGCUACGCCUGAGGUCAGGCCCAGUCAGUGGGACAAACGGCUGACGGGCAGCCCUGCCACUACCCUGCGCCUGCAGGCUCACGGGAGUUUGGAAGAGGAACUAACCUCCCUCUUUCUGAGUAAGGCCUGUUUCUCUGGUCUGGCUGGUUUGUGCAGUACCACUGCUGCUCCAGCAGAGGGCAGUAAAGCCUUAGCACACCUUGAGGUUCCACAGAAAAGCCCUCCCCAUCCCGAGACUGAACGCAGAGAUGCCAGCAAGAGCGCAGAGGACAAACAGAGUCCUGAUGUUAACGGCCAACCUGACGUCGUAGAGGUCGUGGAAGAGACCAUUGUCAUCGAGGAAGUCGUCAAAGCCAAACCCAAAAGCCCCGCCCCUGAGGCAUCCAUCACCACAGAAACGGAGAAGGCUCCGGAGGUCAAAGAGGAGAAGAGUUUAUCAUCAGACAGCGAGAGUGAAGACGAGGCUGAGUACCACGCUGAACCGCCCAGUCCGAGCGCCUCGGCUCAGCAAAUCAAAGAAGAACCUGAGGAGGAGCAGGAGGCUGUGCUUAACCAACAAGCCCCACCCUCUGGAAUUGAGUCACAGCCAACCACAGAAGCAGAACCUGCUGAGCCUGCCCCCACGCAGCCUGAAGAGGUAGUAUCAACAAAUGAGCUCUUGGUGAUGCUGGAUGAAGCUCCAAAUGGACACGACCUUGACAGUGAAGUCCCGCCCACUCUCAGUGCUGUUGCAGAGGAGGAGGAGCCUCACAUCGUCAACGGCAACAUUUCCCAUGUGGAAACUGAGCGCCUGCCACAGGUUAUUUGUUGUUCGGAGCCUCCUGUUGUGAAGACCGAGAUGGUGACUAUUUCAGACACUUUUGCCGCUCAGAAGACAGAGAUAUCCACCAAGGAGGUCCCCAUCGUUCACACGGAAACCAAGACCAUCACCUACGAGGCCGCCCAGAUGGAUGGUAAUGGAGAUGGGGAGCCAGGUGUGCUCAUGACAGCUCAAACCAUCACUUCUGAAUCACUCUGCACCACCACUACCACACACAUCACAAAGACACUAAAGGGCGGACUGUCAGAAACUCGCAUUGAGAAGCGCAUCGUCAUCACGGGAGACUCUGACAUUGAUCACGAUCAGGCAUUGGCCCAGGCUAUAAAGGAGGCCAAAGAGCAGCACCCUGAUAUGUCUGUCACUCGCGUGGUCGUCCACAAAGAGACAGAGUUAGCAGAAGAGGACGACGACUAAAGGACAGAGCUGAAAUCCACAAUGUUCCUCCAUAUGGGAUCAGAGUUCAUUCAGUCAUCCAUCUGAAUGAGUGAAGAUGUGAUAGGCCGGACGAGAGAAGAGCUCUGAAUCCUGUAUCGAAACGUUUUUAUUUUCUAACAUCCACAACCAGAACCACUUGGCUAACAUUUGUAGCAUUUAUUUUAAGUGUUUAUUUUUUUUUCCUCAAAAGAUUGUCUUUACCAUUUAUGAAGAUCAGAUCAGAUUUUUGUUGUUUCUAUUGUUAAUUAGUCAUUCACAUUCCUAAUACAUGCAAAGGCAUAAAAGACUUUGAGAAAAUCACAAGAGGUGAAUUUUUACUAUCCAAUCUUUAUUGGUUUCAUCACGUUAUGGUGGAGUAUUUGUAAUAAUAUGAGGACAGUAAAGGUGAUAUUUAAUGUUUUUUUAAGGGGGGGAUGGAGCGAGGAUGGUGGCAGGACUAAAGAGUCAUUUUUAUUAUGUCAUUGUGUGUUUGUAAGGGGCCAGUACAGGAUAAAUGGCACAGUGUUAUUUCUCAAUGGUGGACGGCAGUGCCAAUCAUUCCUCUAUGCAGUCAAACACAGAAACAUUCCACCAAGGGGAGGAUCUUUCUACCUCUCUGAGAAACAAGACUAAACCUUAUAAAUGCACAAAAAGGAAAAACAUGAAACCUAGGCAGCUUUUUGGAAGGUUUUUAAUUUCCAACAAUUUUCUGGCACCAAUAAUCUAAUAUAUAUGUGUAGAAAACCUUUUAUUUUAAUUAUAAUUAUUUUAAAUCUGUCCCUAUCAAUAAACUGAUCAUUUUAGAUGAGGUCAAUCUAUUGCCCUACUAAAUAUUUUUAAUUCAUUUCAUUCAGAUAUUUUAAUGAAAUGAUCAAAUGACAAAGAACUGCCACUGCUCAAGUUUUAGCCAUAGAUUAAGGUCUGUGUUCCCUUCUCUGUAGUCUCUGCUCCCUCUGCUCCCAUCUUCUCCAUGCACCCUGUGUAUAGCAGUUAAUAUUAGUAUUGUCUUCUCUCUUUUUUUUUUUAGCAGCUUUGUAUGAUCUGUCAUGUUUUUAUGCCCCACCCAACCCUUUGUGUAACACUCUUCAAAUAAAAGUUUGUUUAUUCUCUAA